GUACGUAAUAUCUAUUUUUAACCAAAAAUGAUUGUAGCCGCCUUGCCGGUAAUGAUGAUGGUCAUGUGUUCCCACGAUGGUCAUGUGUUCCCACGUCUGGGGAACUCAGUCCACCGAUCUGGGUCUGCCUCCCUCCCUUCUUGCGUUACACCCCACAAACCCAAAGAAAAAAGGAGGGAAAAUUCUUAAUCUCUUGAUUAAUCACUAUUUUAUUCUUAAUAUAGUCUGAACAUAUUAAUCUUAAUUAUUGAUGUAAAAUAUAUGGUGCUGAGUAUGCAGAAAAUGUGUUUACAUUAAAUUCUGUUGUUAACAAUACCCAUUGUGUUGAAUGUUUGUCUUGUUACUUCCAGUCAACCGUUUGCUCUGACCGGUUGCCUUCACAGUUCACAGCCACUUCCUUGUUUGCUUUCAGAGAGAGAGGGAGACAGGGAGGGACAGAGAGAGAAAGAGAGGAGAGAGAUAGAGAGAGACAAAGAGAGAGAGAGAGAGAGAGAGAGAGAGAGUGGGGCUUUUAUGCCCUAUUCCUUCAAAAUCUCAUUGAAUUUCAGGGCAUCAUCUUGAAAGCCCGAAGCUUUUUUUGGUCAAGUCUGAGGUCUUUCAAGCUCUUUGUCAAAAGGGUGUCCUUGUUUGCAAUCUUAAUCCAUUUUUCUCUGAAAUUUUCUCAAAAUUUUUCGGGGUUUUGAAUUUUUUACUCAUAUUUUUGUUCACUAUUGAAAGUUAGACGCUUUAGAUUUGAUGGGUUAUGAAGCUCAAGCCCAUAUUUCUCUGCCUGGAUAUGGAGGAUUCAUUGUCUCCAACUGGGUGCCUAGCUUUCUGUAUAAUUAAAAAUUAAUCCUUUUGCUUAUUAUUAUUUUUUUUUUUGGAUUUUGAUCAAUGUUUCCGCAACUGGGUAAUUCCUGGAAUUAAGUUUGGACUUUUUGAGAAAUUGGGUAAUUUUGGUUCAGAAUAUUUCUCGCUUUUGAUAGUUCUGAGCAAUUUUACUGUGUUUGGAGAAAUCGGGUACUUUUUGAUAUGAUUUCUCCGUAGGAUUGUGCAGUUUGCGCAGGAGAAUCAACCCGAUUUCGGGUUCUCUUAAUAGGGUGGUUUUGGGGGUUGUUGGAUCAUUUAUUCAUAGCAUUUGUUAAGCUUAGACAGAACUGCAUAGAUUUUGGAAGCCAUGGAUAACGUCAAUGAACUGUCAUCAUCCCUGAGCUUUUCCUCCUCCUCCUCCUAUCUGUCAAAUGGGUCCAGUAGUAACCAUGUAUCUGCCUCUGCCUCGGCCAGUUCUCAAAGUAUUGAACAUUAUUUGAGUCUAAGCAAACUGAGUGAUAAUCUUGAGAGACUGUUACUUGAUCAUGAGUAUGACUAUAGUGAUGCUGAGAUUGUUGUUGAGAGAAACACCGUGGGUGUCAAUCGGUGUAUAUUGGCUUCCCGGAGUCAGUUUUUUCAGUACCUUUUUAGGAAGGGGAGUGAUGAUGCGAAGACGGAAGGUAAACCGAGGUAUCUCAUGUCUGAAUUGGUUCCAAACGGCAGGGUUGGCCACGAAGCCUUCAAGGUUUUCUUGAGCUAUUUGUACACUGGGAAGCUUAAUCCAUCUUCUGGAGAAGUAUCCACGUGUGUUGAUGAUCGUUGUCCGCAUGAUGCGUGCGGCCCUGCUAUCAGUUACGCUGUGGAAUUGAUGUAUGCUUCUUCCACUUUCCAGAUGAAGGAGCUUGUUCAGCUUGUUCAGGUUUGUUCAAACUUUGACUUCUUGUGUUGCUCUUUUGCGAAUGAUUGUGUGCCGUGCAGGGUAAUUGUUUGUGUUCUCUCUUUGUCGACUUGCAAUUUGUUGCAGACUCUUUAUACUUACAGCCUGAAAACUUUGCAGACUCUUUAUAAUUGAUCAAGGCCCGGUCGAAACCUAGAAAAUCAGAAAAGGGCAUUUUCUAACUUGAUACAGUUUAUGAAGACCACUUGCUUGCCUACCCAAGGGUCAAGUGGUAUAGACUGACCAGCUACACAGCCCAUAAAGUACUUUAUGGUGGCAUUACAUGUAAAAUAGCUGAUGAGUCAUCACCCUCAAACCGCAUUCGGGCAAGGCUGCUGCUACAAGAGGCCAAACCGAGUUGACUAUAAAAGGAGAAAGAGAAGCCAUGAAUAAUGACACUCAAUCAAACAAACAAAUGCAAGCACAAACUCUUCUCAAAGCCAGAUUUGCCUUCAAAACGAAGCUGUAGUCAGCCCAAGCCUUCAUCCCUCUCGGGACAAGCUUUUAUCCCUCGCGGGAUAACCUUUCCUUCAAACCUUUGUAAUAGCUCUGCUACCCUGCCCAAACUUGGUGUAGUAUCGAUUCACUUUUUGUAUCUCUCUCUCUCCCUCUCUUUCUCUAAGCUUUCAGACCUUUGACAAAACUACAAAGAUAGGGAC